AAAGUGUUCCGGCUGCACUUUUGUGAUGAGGCGUUAAAUGCCCGGGUUCCACUCAUCCUUCCCAAGAUCCCCGCCCAUUUUUCGUUGGCGAAGCCACCGUCCACAACUUCUAACAUCGCGUUCGAGUUGGUCAGAACGUCUAACGGCAUCCCUCGUCGGCUAAUACUCCCUUGAUACCGGUUGGGUCGCCCUCACUAACGAGUUUGACGGCUCCUAGGACAUCUAUAAAGGAGAUGUUGCCGUCUUGUAUGUUGUCGGCGCUGAUGGUGAUGUCGUGGUUAGCUCAUAUGAGGCACUGCGAGGCUACGUCAGAUCCAUCACCUCUGUUAAGAGCGACGACCAGUUCAGCAAAUCCAGUAAGUUACUGCGCUUCAAAUUCUACGACAUCAGCGCUCCGCACGGCGCCGGCGCAGAAAAUUGUCCCCUUUUCCCCUUGAAACAAGUUUUACCAGUGGCGC